AUGGACCGCGGAGCUGCCGCGGCCCAGGGCACUGCCCCGCCUCAGGAUGGAGAGCAGCCCGGGGAGUCUCCAGAGCCGCCACCGCCGUGGCCGCCGCCGUCGCCGCCACAGGCUCCUCCGCUGCUCCAUGCGCCGUCGCCGGAACCCGCACCACAGUUCUGUCCAGAAUCUGCUCCAGAACCCUGUCCGGAGGCGAACCCAGAACCAGCCACAGAACUAGACACAGAAGCGAUCCCAGAACCAGAUACAGAAGCGGCCCCAGCGCCAACCCCAGGACCAGCCACAGAACUAAACACAGAACUGAUCUCAGAACCAGCCAAGAAACCGGCCCCAGAACCAGCCACGGAACCAGCCCCCGAGCUGGCUCCGGAACCAGCCACAGAACCGGCCCCAGAACCAGCCCCAGAAGCGGCCUCAGAGCCGAUCCCAGUACCAGCCAUAGAACCGGCCCCUGAGCCGGCACCAGAACCAGCCACAGAGUCCUGCCCUGAGCUGGCUCCAGAGUCCUGUCCGGAGCCGAGUCCAGCACCAGGUCUAUUGCAGUGUCCAGUUGUCGCUCCAGAGAGGAGUCUAGAGACCUCGUGUACUCCAAAACCAAUCCCUAAUCCACGUCAGCCUAUGUCUUCUAGCCCUAUCACCAAAAUACUGAAAGAAGGACCUCUGCUGAAGAACUGUAACUCCUUCAAGAGAUGGAAGCUUAGAUAUUUUCUGGUUCGAGGACAAAGGCUCUGCUUUGCACACCAUCCUGCAUUUGCACGCUUUGAAACAAUUGAUCUGUCUCAGGUCGCCUUGGCAGAAAGCAGCUGUAGAAACCUUUACCACAGUUUUUGUGUGAUCACACCACAACGAAAAGUUACCCUGGCUGCACCCAACCGGAAAGACAUGGAAGAAUGGAUUAACGUCAUAAAAACCGUCCAACAGGGAGAAAUUCGUAAGAUACCUGCAGCAGAAAACAACCCUUUCCUUGUUGGAAUGCACUAUUGGUACUUCAGUUACAGUCCCCGGACCCAGCACUGCAAUGUUUGUCGUGAGGGCAUUCCUGCCUUAUCUAGAAAUGUUAUCAUCUGUGAAGUGUGCAAAGUGAAGUCUCACAGAUUAUGUGCUUUGAGAGCAAGCAAAGACUGCAAGUGGAAUACCUUGUCCAUCACUGAUGACCUUCUCAUGCCUGCAGACGAAGUAACUAUGCCCCAUCAAUGGGUAGAAGGAAACAUAUCUGUCAGUUCUCAGUGUGCAGUAUGUCAUGAGAACUGUGGCAGUUACCAAAGACUUCAAGACUUCCGGUGUCUCUGGUGUAAUUCUACGGUGCAUGAUGACUGCAGGAGACGGUUUUCCAAGGAAUGCUGGUUUGGAAGUCAUCGAACAUCAGUCAUUCCUCCCACUGCCCUCAGCGACCCUAAAGGAGAUGGCCAAUUAGUAGUAUCUUCAGACUUCUGGAGUCUCGAUUGGUCAUCAGCCUGUUCAUGUCCCCUUCUCAUCUUCAUCAAUUCCAAAAGCGGCGAUCAUCAAGGGAUCGUCUUUCUCCGAAAAUUCAAGCAAUACCUUAACCCAUCUCAAGUGUUUGACCUGUCGAAGGGUGGACCUGAAGCAGGGCUGUGCAUGUUCAAGAACUUUGCUCGCUUUCGCAUCGUGGUUUGUGGUGGAGAUGGUAGUGUGAGCUGGGUCUUAUCUCUGAUUGAUGCCUUUGGAUUACAUGAAAGGUGUCAGCUGGCAGUCAUCCCACUUGGAACCGGCAAUGAUCUGGCCCGUGUCCUAGGUUGGGGUGCAUUCUGGAACAAAAACAAGUCACCUCUAAACAUCCUCAACAGAGUGGAGCAGGCUAGUGUGAGGAUUCUAGACAGAUGGAGUGUGAUGAUCCGUGAGACUCCCAGACAAACCCCAUUGCUAAGAGGACAAGUUGAAAUGGAUGUACCCCAAUUUGAGGCUGCUGCCAUCCAACACUUAGAAUCUGCAACCACUGAGUUGAACAAAAUCCUGAAGGCCAAGUACCCCACAGAGAUGAUCAUCGCAACCAGAUUCCUGUGCUCAGCAGUGGAAGAUUUUGUGGUUGAUAUUGUAAAGGCCUGGAGUCAGAUAAAACAGAACAAUACAGCAGUAGAGUCUGUGAUUUUGAAAAGCGACUUAAUGUAUGAGAAGCUCAGUGUCCUGAUUGAUGUCCUGGCUGAGGAGGCAGCAGUUGAGAAGAGUGCUACAGAAAGUGCAGACAGUGGCAAGGCUGAUGGAAAGCCCUUCAUCCCUCAAAUAGACCACAUAGCCAAGUGCAAGUUGGAGCUGGCCACAAAGGCCAGAAAUCUCCAGAAAUCCUUGAAGCUCAUCAUAUUCCAAGUUGAACAAGUUCUGGAUGAGCAAAGCCGACAGGCAAUAUCGGUUAAGAACUUUACUUCAACUUUCUUCCUGGAAGAUGACUCAGAAGAUAUUAACCAGACGAGCCCAAAGCCCCGUUCUCGUUGUGGCACUUUGUCUUCUAUAUCUUCUCUCAAAAGUGAGGACCUAGAUAACCUAAAUUUGGAGCACUUACAUUUUACACCUGAAACUAUACGCUUCAAAGAAAGGUGUGUCAUGAACAACUAUUUUGGAAUUGGACUGGAUGCUAAAAUUUCUCUGGAUUUCAACACCAGAAGAGAUGAACACCCAGGACAAUACAAUAGCCGCAUUAAGAACAAGAUGUGGUAUGGCCUUCUGGGAAGCAAGGAACUUUUGCAACGCUCUUACAGGAAACUGGAAGAACGAGUACACCUGGAGUGUGAUGGAGAAGCCAUUUCCUUGCCAAACCUGCAAGGCAUUGUAGUGCUCAACAUUACCAGCUAUGCUGGAGGUGUCAACUUUUGGGGAAGCAGCACAGCAACCACGGAAUAUGAGGCUCCUGCAAUAGAUGAUGGAAAGCUGGAAGUAGUGGCAAUCUUUGGUUCCGUACAGAUGGCAAUGUCCCGUAUCAUCAACCUUCAUCAUCAUCGCAUUGCCCAGUGCCGUGAGGUGAUGAUAACCAUUGAUGGUGAAGAAGGUAUCCCAGUGCAGGUGGAUGGGGAGGCCUGGGUUCAGAAGCCAGGCCUUAUCAAGAUUAGAUACAAGAAUGCUGCCCAGAUGUUGACAAGAGACCAGGAGUUUGAGAACUCAAUGAAAAUGUGGGAGUACAAGCAUACUGAAAUUCAAGCUGCCUCUCAACCCCAGCUGGACUCCCAGGAAGCUCAAGAUAGCCUCUCUGAUGAGGAGUAUGCCCAGAUGCAGCACUUAGCUCGGCUUGCAGAAAACCUCAUCAGCACACUUACUGACCUGAGCAAGGUCCACCAGCAUGUGUCUGUCCUCAUGGAUUCUGUGAAUGCCAGUGCUAACAUCCUGAAUGAUAUAUUUUACAGCCAAGACAGUGGCAAUGAGGCAGGUGCAGCUUCCUGUACUCCCAUUGAGACUCUAAACAGAAAUGACGCAGUAGAUGUUACAUUUAGUCUUAAAGGGCUCUACGAUGACACCAAAGCUUUCCUGGAUGAAAACUUGCUGAGAAAUGCUGAGGAUGAGGCCACAUUGCAAACCACCCUGGAUGCCAUGAAUAAGGAGUUUGAAAAGCUAUCCAAGAUCGACUGGAUGAAUUCAAUCCUUGUUCCAAAGGAAAAAUCCUCAGACACUGACAGUAGAAGCCUCAGAUUGAAAGUUAAGUUCCCCAAAUUGGGGAAGAAGAAGCUAGAAAAGGAAGACAAGCCUAAAUCAGGCCGAAGAGUCCAGGGUUUUAUCGGAAAUUUAUGGCAUCGCAGAAAACGUGACGAUGAAGCAAAAGAUGAUGAUCCUCCAACGUCAUCAAGAUCUUAA